AUGGCUCCCGGUAUUGGCUUUGCCGUCGGUAUCCAACGUCUGAUACCGUUCAUCGGAUACCACCACAUUCUCAUGAUCUUGAUUGCCGUUGCCAUCAUUCUUCUUUCACUACUACUGGCAGGAUGCUCAUCAAGUUCACCACUCAUACCGGGCAUUUUCCUCAUCGACUUUUACUAUCAAACAUACACGCCGACAUAUGACCCGGCUCAAGUAGAUCCCGGCGUCACUGCCGCCAUCGCCAACAUCGUUGGACAGACUCAGCUUGAAGUCAGAGUCGGAUACUUUGGCCUAUGCAUUGCUUCCGAUGCAGGCAAUUACCUCUGUUCCAACAAUGCAACCUUGCUGGCCGAGCAGAUCAGUAUCGACAAAGAUCCCAUGAACCUGAUUUGGGUCGCCAAUACCUUCAAGAACUCUGUUGUCUUUCCUUGGCUGAUGUAA